UGACGCUACAUGCAGUGGGCGGGACGUCGUUGGGAAUCAGGAACAAUCUACAGCUGCUUAUGCUCCUGCCCAUGUCCAGCGAUCCUGAGCCUACUGCGUUCACCUGUCCUUAACCCUUUAACCUAAAAGCAAUGCCAACAUGGGCUCGUCAUAUCAAAGCAAAAUCACGAUGAGAAUUUGGAGAUGUCUGCAGCCGUUUGUUGUAGCGAGCUCCAUCUUUUUAGGUUUGUGCGGGGCUGAAGACAGUGGCAUGGAGAACAUCGUGACAGAGAAGAAAGCAGAAGAAAGCCACAGACAAGACAGCGCAGACCUGCUGAUCUUCAUCCUCCUCCUCACCCUGACGAUCUUGACCAUAUGGUUAUUCAAACACCGACGCUUCAGGUUUCUGCACGAGACCGGACUGGCUAUGAUAUAUGGGUUGCUUGUGGGUGUUGUCCUGCGUUAUGGGAUUCAUGUACCCAGUGGCAUGGGCAAUGUUACGUUGAGCUGUAAUGUCAACGCCAGUCCAGCCACGUUGCUGGUGAAUGUCAGCGGUAAAUUCUACGAGUACACACUGAAAGGAGAGAUUGGUGCCAGUGAAAUCAAUGACAUUAAGGACAACGAGAUGCUCCGCAAGGUGACCUUUGAUCCAGAGGUCUUCUUUAAUAUUCUCCUGCCUCCUAUCAUAUUUCAUGCUGGAUACAGUUUAAAGCGGAGGCAUUUCUUCAGGAACUUGGGCUCCAUCAUCGCCUUUGCUUUUGUGGGAACUGUGGUGUCCUGUGUCAUCAUUGGAUCGUUGAUGUAUGGUUGUGUGACGCUGAUGAAGAAGAUUGGUCAAAUGGAUGGAGACUUUUUCUUUACUGACUGCCUUUUCUUUGGUGCCAUCGUGUCAGCCACUGAUCCAGUGACAGUGCUGGCCAUCUUUAAUGAGCUGAAUGUGGAUAAUGACCUGUAUGCGCUGCUGUUUGGUGAGAGUGUCCUAAAUGAUGCUGUCGCUGUUGUAUUGUCCUCGUCAAUCGUAGCAUAUCAGCCCAGGGGAGACAACAGUCACACUUUUGAAGCUAUGGCCAUGCUAAAGUCCUUUGGCGUCUUCCUGGGGGUCUUCAGUGGUUCUUUUGCCCUGGGAGUGGCAACUGGAGUCGUAACUGCAUUGGUCACGAAAUUCACCAAACUGAGGGAUUUACCGCUGCUGGAGACGGCUCUGUUCUUCCUCAUGUCUUGGAGCACCUUCCUGCUUGCAGAGGCCUGUGGAUUUACUGGUGUGGUGGCAGUUCUGUUCUGUGGCAUGACACAAGCCCAUUACACAUUUAACAACCUUUCACCAGAGUCUCAGGACAGGACAAAACAAUUAUUUGAACUGCUGAAUUUCUUGGCCGAGAACUUCAUAUUUUCCUACAUGGGCUUGACAUUGUUUACCUUCCAGAACCACGUCUUCAACCCAAUCUUCAUUUUGGCCGCAUUUUUGGCUGUGUUUUUGGGAAGAGCUGCGAACAUCUACCCUCUCUCCUUCCUGCUAAAUUUGGGCCGCAGACACAAGAUCACCUCCAACUUUCAGCACAUGAUGAUGUUCGCAGGUCUUCGUGGCGCCAUGACCUUUGCCCUGUCGAUCAGAGACACGGCCACUUAUGCACGGCAGAUGAUGUUCUCCACCACCCUUCUGGUGGUCUUCUUCACCGUCUGGUUCUGUGGAGGAGGCACGACUCAGAUGCUCUCCUUCCAGAAAAUCCGUGUUGGAGUAGACACAGAUGUGUCUGUGCAGAUCGGUCCUGAUGGAGUGGAGAGGAGAAGCACUAAACAAGAGAGUGUCUGGCUGUUUAGGAUCUGGUACAACUUUGAUCACAAUUAUCUGAAGCCCUUUCUGACCCAUAGCGGACCACCACUCACCGCCACGCUUCCCGCCUGCUGCGGUCCCCUGGCACGAUGCCUCACCAGCCCUCAUGCGUAUGAGAAUGAAGAGCAGCUAAAAGACGACGACUCUGACCUCAUUCUGAAUGACGGUGACAUUACUAUGACAUACGGCGACAUCACAGUAAGCACAGAUGCAUCUGGGGCUCACACGAGCGGCACGCAAGUGGGUGUGAACUCUGACGAUGCUCUAGAUCGAGAGCUGACAUUCGGAGAUCACGAGCUGGUGAUCCGAGGCACCCGAUUGGUCCUGCCUAUGGAUGACUCCGAGCCCCCACUGUCUCUGGACUCCCACCGUCAACGCCACAAGAACGAAACUAUGAGCUGAACGGGGAAGACGGGACGAGUCUGUCAAUCUUCUUCUCUAUCAUCUCUCUCAUCUGGAGCGAUCGCUCUCAGCAGCUUUCCUGUCUCUGAAGUGGCUGGUUUGAUGUCUCUACCUCAUUGGUCACUCUCUCUUCUGUUCUUUAUAUGACAUCGCAGAAAUGUAGUAUUUACGUCUCCUCUGUCAGUUUGUUUUUAUUUCUCGAGGUUCAGCCGGACCACAUAGCUUCUAACAGAGUUUGGAAGCAUGCUCUGAUUCCUCACCAUCUCUAAGGUUACCAUGACAACAGAGUAAGCAUACUGGUGUUGUCUGUAAAGCACGGUGUUAAAAUUGCCAUGACCCGGCGUGCAUGCUUAUGUGUGUCUUCUCUUGAUGUGUGAGCUCUUGUUUAGAAGAUGCGAAAAGAGACGGCGACAUUCGUGUGGGUCUCAUGCUUUUACUGCCUUCUCUGAUAGUCUAAACUGAGACAUGCUUACUGGUGGCUCUGCGUUUGCUGUGCGGUUACAAUUAAGUGCCUGUUGGAUAUAGUUUCCCCAUAGAGCAAAAUGACACAAUGUGCCGCCCACUAGAGGGAGGUCGUGUGUUUCGAUAUCGAUUUGUUUGUCUUAGCUGUGGGACUGACUACAGACGUGUGUUAUUUACUCCGAGUGGCUUGUGGAUGGCUGUAGAGACGCGUGGAACCGGGUACAGAUCUGAAUCUUAUGUUGUGACCUUUGACUGUGAAUCUGUGGGCCUCGUCGUGUGUGUUAUUUGGCACGGUCAAAAAGAGUAGUUUAAAGAGAAAGAAACACAUAGAGAUUUUUUUGUUGUAACAUUUUUCUAUAACAGACUGCAUAUAGCUUUUUUGCCUUUUCUUUGAUAGAUCCCCUUUUCUUGUAUAGCUUGUAAUGUUUAAAAUGUCUAAAGAACAAGAUGUCACGUUUAACUAUGAAUGUCUAAAAUAACGCACAUACAACGUUCUGCAUUGGUAUUGCAAAGAAACAUUAAAAACAUUUAUAGUGCCCGUACUUUUUGUUGUAUAGGGCUUAUCUAGUAUAUACAAAAAAUAAUUAUUUAAAAAAAAAAGUGAAAACUUUUUUUAUAUUCCUAGUUUUGCAUGACAUGUGUGGAGAAAUAUAUCCCUCCACCGUUUCCUUCCAAAGUCCUGUUUGUGUGAUUAAAAAGGUUUUCUUAUGAAUUGUCUUGCAUAGGAUGCCACAGCAGCACCAAUGGGAUAUAAGAUGGUUGGAAUAGAUUGUAGCUUUCCAGAUUUUAGACAGAUUUUAAAGGGCUGAAUGAAGUUUUAAUGUCCGUAUGUUAUGGAAGGAUUGUGUAAUAAGCAACAGACUGGUUUCUGAAUCACUGGAUUUACAUCGUUUGUUAUAUGUUAUAUGUCAUAAAUGAAUAUUCUAUAUCAUUGGCAUUAUCAAGAUUUUUAUAUUUUGACCGGUCUCUCAAUUUGCACACUGUUUAUCCAAAACACGUUGUAAGAUUCGCAGUAAAUUUCAGGAUCUGAUGUGUUGUUCUGUACUUGCUUUUCUCUACUUACUAAUGUUGCUCGCAGUUUUCAGUUGUAGAAAAGUCAAGGAAUGUUAAGCCAAAGCUUACUACAAUGUUUAUGAGUUCAUAUCUACAAUGUAUGAACUUAGGUUGAUUCUCAGACACAAUAAAACAACUACAGUACGUCCCUUUUAAUACAUCUGUUCAGAAUGUUCUAAACAUAUCAGAAGUAAUAAGUCAUUCUUAAUAAAAGUUGGACCAAAUGAUAGUCAUGAAAUGAAGGAACACUGGUAAAAAAAGGCCAAACAAAAAUCAAUCUUUUGUGAUAUUUGGUCAAUGUUGCUGUAGUUUUUGUCGCUUUCUAACUGUUGUCGGACUGUACAGUAGUCUGGUUUUGGAUGAGAGCCAUUGGUCGUCCUUAACUCUAUGGAGCAGGACCUUGGCAACAGUGUUUGUGUGAUCUGUUGAGAGAAUGAGAGAUUUUCCAUCAAUGUGGCAAUGAUGAUGAUGGCCGUCCGUCUCAGUUAUCUCCUGCUGUGCAGGAUGAUAUGAUGAAGAGGUCACCGUAUUUAUAGGCUUUGCUUUUAUUUCUCAUAAUACACAGGAAUAGUGUGUACUUGAAUAGAUGUGAGGCAAUGGAACUAUAGCAGAUUUGCACUUUUUCAUUCUUGUUUUUUAGUUUUAAUUGUUUUGCAAGUGAUGUUCCGUAGAUCUUAUAAUGCAACUCAGAAUCUCCAUCAGAGCCCCGCUACAUUCAAGUGACUCAGUGACUAGCUGCGGAGAUCUUGUUUUGUCCUUAGAAUGAGAAAUUCUGCCCUAUUUCCCAGUGGAUUUGUUAGAUUGUUAGUUUUUGUUGUAAGAGAGGAGCCAGUGAACUUGUGAGUCUUUCAGCCUAUGAAAUGAAGUGAUAGAUUGGGGAGUUACAGAAUUUGAUAAAAUAUGCUACAUUUAAAAAUAUUGUUACAAUAAAUAAUCUGUGAAUCAUAUUUUUUAAGCGUGUGAUCAUUUUAGCUAAUUAAACACUGUAUGCAUUAAAGCAUUAAACAACUUAAUGCUCCUUCAAAAACACAAUAUAAAGUAAAACACUGACAAUGAGACGAAAUAUUACUUGCUAGUGCAAAGUAGCAGAACCAAGAAGAAUGGGUUUAAAAGAGCGGUUAAUGUGCUGUUAUCACUGGUACGUAUAUGUGUAUUCUAAUGUGUUGCAGGUACUGACUGUUUACAUUGGUGUAAAUAUUCUCAUCUGUUCAUGUGCGUGCAAUGUUCAAUAAACAGAAGCCUGUCCUU